UUUGUCUGUUUCAGAAGCAGCAGUCUAGUCGGUGGACGUUCUUUGCCGAGUUUCAGAUUCAACAUCGGACGUCUUGUUUAGCCGGGAGAGGAAAAGUAUCCCGCAGCUUUUGUUUGGAAGACUAAGAGUGUUGCCAAGAAGUUUUUCUUCGCCACUUUUCUCCUCAAGGAAGUGUAAACUUCUCCUACACAAGGAUGGUGUGGGGGUAGUUAUAUGGAGUUUGAGUUGGAACUGGGAGCAGUUUUUGAACGGAUAAAGGUGGGAAACGCAAAAGAAAAAACUUUCCCUUGGUUCCCCGCGGAAGAACAAGGCGGUGAUCGUGUUGGAUUGUUGUAAAAGCGAUUUUUACGCACGGUCUGCGCACACAGAGAGUACAAAUCCAAGAUGCGCCUGUUGAGCACAUCGUGUUUGUGUAAACUUGGAGAAAUGCGGGGGAGAACACAGAGAUCCGGUGUGAUUCAUUUACUUUUGCUCCUUGCAGUGGUUGGCCAGAUGUCCUGCCAGAGCUGUCCGGUAAAAUGCAUGUGCUCCAUGCAAACUGUAAAAUGCCAAAACCAGGAAUUGGACGCGAUUCCGCAUUCUUUACCGAACAACACCAAAGUCCUAUUCGUCACAGGAAACAACAUUUCCCAAAUCAGUGCGAACUCUUUCCCAACCAGACUGGAACAGUUAACAGAUCUUUAUCUCAGUGGGAAUGAGAUGGAGAUUGUAGAUGCAAAGGUAUUUGAUAACUUGCCAAACCUUGUGCGGUUGGAUCUGAGUAACAACAACUUCCAGACUUUCAGUGAAGAAGCUUUCCCUGAUAACAACAAAUUGCAAUUCCUGAACCUCAGCAGGUCUGUUCACAAUUUUUCCUACUCGGAUGAAGUCCUGAAUUUCCUGGGAAGUGGUAACCUCCUCCAGCUUAAAACCUUGGACCUAUCCAACAACGACCUUGUGACUCUUCCAGACAACAUCCUCACCAACCUCUCCAACCUCGUCAAUCUCAGCCUGCAAAACAGCUCCAUCGUCUCCAUCCUGAACGGGACGUUGAAGGUGCCGCCUCUGCAGGACCUGGACCUGAGGGACAACACCUUCAGGAAUCUCCCCGCCAUCACCAUGGCAGAGUUCAGCCUCAAACCCGAGCUCCACAUUCGUUUGGCGGGGAACCCCUGGCACUGCAACUGCUUGAUCGAGGAGACGCUGCUGUGGAUGAAGAACUCCACUCAGGUCGUCGACGUGCAGAACCUGACCUGCGAGAGCCCCAAAGGCCUGAGACGCCAGCCGCUGGUGCAAGUGGAACCCUCGCAGAUGAAGUGUAUGGGCGAAAUGGAAGGCGUGCUGGAGACUUCAUAUGUUUUCCUGGGGCUGGUUCUGGCCCUGAUCGGUGUUAUAUUCCUGCUGGUGCUCUACCUGAACAGAAAGGGCAUCAAGCGGUGGAUUUACAACAUCCGGGAUGCUUGUAGGGACCACAUGGAGGGCUACCAUUACAGGUAUGAGAUCAACUCUGACCCACGUUUGGCCAACCUGAGCAUCAAUUCGGAUGUGUGAGCGAGGAUGGAACACUGUCUGGGACCCCCGCAGUGAGAUAUCAAAAAAUGACUUUAUACUAUUAAGAUUUGCAUGAGAGUCUUCCUCCCAUUCUCCCUUUUCCCCCCCUCCAUGAUGCCAUCCAGAUUUUUACAUUUGUCAU